GAAGAGGUGCUCGUUGGAUGAGGAACCCAGGAAGGCCCGCCCAGAUUCGGGCCCCGUGCCCUGGUCCUCUGGGCUGGGGGCACGGGCGAAGCUGGGGCCUAGGGUACCAAGAGGCGCCAGCUGGACGUGAGGCUGGAGCCCGCGGCUUAGGCGGAUUACCCUGAGGAGAGGGACUCUUUCGACAUCCAUCGAUUCCUGCUUACCUCCAGACGGAGCUGGAGCCCUCCACCCUUCCUGCUCAGGCCUUUGGUUAUUUUCCAAAGGCCAGCCACCAAGAUAAGCCUUGUUUACCAUGACUUUCUCUUAGGGAUAGGAGGCCCAUGUUUGGAUAAUCUGACACCCUCCCUGCAGCAAAGAAGGAUUCCGCACCUGGGGUUGUUUACCAGAAUUGACAAAGGGAAGAAGCCAUGCCUACUUGGGGGGCUGGUUCCCCAACCCCUGACCGCUUUGCGGUGUCUGCGGAGGCAGAAGAUAAGGUUCGGGAGCAGCAGGCCCGUUUGGAGCGCAUCUUCAGAGUGGGGAUGAGUGUCCUCCCCAAGGACUGCCCUGAGAAUCCUCACAUCUGGCUGCAGCUUGAGGGCCCCAAGGAGAACAUCAGCAGAGCCAAGGAGUAUCUGAAGGGUCUCUGCAGCCCAGAACUGCAAAAUGAAAUCCACUACCCCUCCAGACUGCACUGUAUCUUCCUGGGAGCCCAGGGCUUCUUCCUUGACUGUCUGGCCUGGAGCACAUCAGCCCAUCUGGUACCUCAAGCACCUGGCUCACUGAUGAUCAGUGGCCUAACUGAGGCCUUUGUCAUGGCUCAGAGCCGUGUGGAGGAGCUAGUGGAGCGACUGAGCUGGGACUUUCAGCCAGGACCAUGUCCCAGAGCCUCUCAGAGUACUGGAGUGCUGAGAGACUUCUCUGCUCUGCUGCAGACCUGGGAGGAUGUUCAUACUGAGGCCCUGCUGCAGCUGCCCCUGGCUGUUCAGGAAGAACUCCUGAGUCUGGUGCAGGAGGCGUCCAGUGGGCAGGGGCCACAAGUAUUAACCUCAUGGGAGGGGAGAAGCGCAGACCUGCCGGGUACUCAGUAUCAGGGAGUCAGGGCUCUCCAGAGUGAAGGUGGGGAGUCCCUGCACACUGGAUCUGUGGGGUGGAGAGAAUCAAAGGGAGCAGUGGGAGAGAGUCAUACUAUAGAGAAGGAUCGAGGGAAACAGGGUGGUCCCAGGGAGAUGGAUUUGUGGUGGAAGGAACUUCCUAGGGAAGAUGCCUGGGACAGAGAAGUUUCUUUCAGGCCAUAUUCAGCGGGUGGAGGGACAGGGGAAGAUGGGUCCCUGAAAAGAAAGGCCCUAGGAAAGGAGGGGGUGCAUCAGGAAAGAGGUGGGUUCAGUGUCCAGGGUGAGCUUUCUGGUGCCCAUGGCCUCUGUCAGAGGACAUCUCAACCCCGGGGAGCUUCCCUCCUUCAGCGGUUACACAAUGGAAAUGCCUCACCUCCAAGAGUACCUAGCCCUCCACCUGCGCCUGAACCCCCCUGGCCCUGUGGAGACCGGGGAGACCGGGGGGAUAAACAGCAGGCUGUGGCUCGAGGUCGAGGGUCCCCGUGGAAACGAGGCACCCGUGGGGGCAACUUAGUGACUGGCACGCAGCGUUUCCAGGAGGCCCUGCAGGAUCCUUUCACCCUGUGCCUUGCCAAUGUGCCUGGCCAGCCAGACCUCCGCCAUAUUGUCAUUGAUGGCAGCAACGUGGCCAUGGUCCAUGGGCUCCAGCACUACUUCUCUAGCCGGGGCAUUGCCAUUGCUGUGCAGUACUUCUGGGACCGUGGCCACCGUGACAUAACUGUCUUCGUGCCUCAGUGGCGUUUCAGUAAGGAUGCCAAGGUUAGAGAGAAUCCUGUUUGUUCUUUUUCUAUAGAGAGUCACUUCCUGCAAAAGCUGUACUCCCUCAGCUUGCUCUCCCUAACCCCCUCACGAGUCAUGGAUGGAAAGAGGAUCUCCUCCUACGAUGACAGGUUCAUGGUGAAGCUGGCAGAAGAGACCAACGGGAUCAUUGUCUCCAAUGACCAGUUCCGGGACUUGGCAGAGGAGUCUGACAAGUGGAUGGCAAUCAUCAGAGAGCGCUUGCUACCUUUCACCUUUGCGGGAAACCUCUUCAUGGUUCCUGAUGACCCACUGGGAAGAAAUGGCCCCACCCUGGAUGAGUUCCUGAAGAAGCCAGCCAGAAAACAGGGAUCUUCUAAGGCUCAGAAUCCUUCCAGGGGCUUUGCAGAACAUGGUAAUCAGCAGCAGAGGAGGGAAGAAGAAAAAGGUAGCAGUGGCAUUCGGAAGACCCGGGAGACAGAGAGGCUCCGGCGCCAGCUGCUGGAGGUGUUCCGGGGUCAGGAUCACAAGGUGGACUUCAUCCUGCAGCGGGAACCAUACUGUCGGGACAUCAACCAACUGUCUGAGGCCUUACUUGGUCUCAACUUUUGAGCCCUACCUGCCUUCGUGGCUGUUGCCCAGUUUAACCCCAGCCUCCCCCAGCUCAGCCCCUUCUGGGAGAGUCCCUCUGCUGCUCAUACUCUGACCCAGGCUCACUCUGAGUUGGUAAUUUGGGUCAGGGAAGCACUGGGGAGGAACAUUUAAGUGAGGGAUAUCUCUUGCCUGUGGCCCUCUGGGGGCAGAUCCACAAACUGACCCAAUCUCAAGUGAGGACCUCAACCAGCUCUCGGGAGGUCUGCUCAGCCUUAACUUUUCAACCUUGCUGUAGCACAGGGCUUCUGUAGGGAGUGGGGGCUGCAGGAAAGGGUAAGUCCUGGAGAUUGGAGCUAUGGCUGAGUUGGGGAUGGGCCUGUGACCUUGACUGAGCUGCUUGGCCUUUACUGCUGCCUGGAAAUCAGAAGUAAAACUGCCUGUUGGGAAGAAAAAUGAGAUUACAGAGGAAAGCUCCUUGGAAGAAAAGUACUUAGACAAAGUCUCAGGUGUGCCUGUCUGUGGCUGCACAGGCUCCCUAAGCAAACCUCACUUUCAGAGAUGGUGGGUCCUCCACGUCCAGGGCCCAUGCCCUAGAUUUUAACACUGUGUCCUUGUAUAACAUGCCCUAUAAUGGCUGCGUCCCUUUUGGGCAAACUUUAAAGUCCACAUUUACAAGGUAGUUCAAUUAGGAUGACUGUUUGUAGUACCAAAAUACUCUCAGGGUUCCUAUAAAUGGCAGCUCUCCUGUUGCAUUCCAGGGUUUGUUUACAGAUUAACAAUUAUGUCAGAAAGUCCCUGGUUAGAUCCUUUAGCUGAAAUGUUGACGGCAUUCACCAAAUUGAUGAAGCCAUGCCGUGCAGUGACAAAAUAGAUGUGAUCUGACCCUAAAGUUUUCUUUACGGAAGACAUAGGUUGCCUAAAGCAAGGCACAGUUCUGCUUUGUGUAGGUGUGUGGAGAUGGGAGGGCUACAGAAGUUUUAUUAGAUGAACCAAUUAUCCAGAAAAUGAAAACUGAAGAAUCAGAAUUGGAAGGAUCUGAUCAGCCACUGGACCAACCCCACUGUUGCAUUGUAACAUGCUCUUUCUAUCCUGAUUCUCACAAGUCAAUGCUUGUAUGUUUGAAUUCCUCUUGUUCUGGGGAAUUUUCUCCCUGCGAGGCAGCACAUUCCUCCUGUGGACAGUAUUAAUCAGUAGUCUUUCUUCUAGUGUAGCCUAAACUAUACUUUUAUGUUACUGCUCAUUCCCCCAGGAAGAAUAGUCAAUUUUCCUAGAGUCCAAGACCAGAUAAAGAGGUAGGACAGUACCCUUAGUUCUGUUUGUUUGGCCCUGCAGUCUCUCCCUGAAUAAACCUUUUCAGGCUCUUACUUCUUCUUUCCCUUGAGUGGCACAGAAGUUGCAUGAGGAGCAGAAUGAGAGAGUCCCAGUGUCUUUGCCUGUGUCCCCCUGGUGACUUAUAUCACUAGACUGUAUUGACCCCAGGCUAGGGGCAGGUAUGUUGGAGACAGGCUAUUCAGGGAGGUAACAAUGACUUACACAACCCACAGUGCUCUGGGAAGAAAGGAGAUUGGUUAAUAUGGUCCAAACUGGGAGCUAGGAGGACUGCUUCUGGUUGGCUGUGGCAGGUGUCACAACUUCAGGUAGAUUAGAAGGAUCCUAGAUGAACACUUGGGAUUUACUUCUUCCUGACAUGGUUGAAUCCGUCAUUUGUGAUUAUUUCUCUGUCCUUUUUACUUUCCAUGACUGGGUGUACCCAGAGGCCAGAGGUAUCUUCUACCCUUUUGUGCUGAAGGCCUUGGUAGAAUGAAGUGGCCCCCAUCAGAUGAGAGGCAAAUCCUAGGCUUCUUGCAGACAGGGACAUUGGUUUGUCCUGCUUCAGUUUGAUAAAUUGGGACCAACAUGUGAUUGCUUUUAUUAAUUCACUACCCUUUGGUGACACAGGUUGAAUGUUGACCUAAAUGGGGCUUCAUCUCUUCUGCUGGCAUCCUAAUGGCACUCUGAAUGGGUUUGCAGGAUGACCACAAAACUCACUGGAAAUGGAUUAUCAUUUAUCUUCUAACCUCUACUUUCAUCAUGACUUUAUGCCCCAUAACUUUGACCAGCUCUUUUGGUUACUGAGGGACCAAGAAAAGAAAAGGUGAGGAGAGAUGUUGCCUAUCAAAACCCUGUGUAGGGAAAUGAAUCAUCUUGGGUGACAGUCCUUGAAAUAAAUUAUUGGAGAAUCUAGGCCAAAGAGAUGAGCAAAAGCUAGUGAGAUAAUUUAUCUUUAUUGCCAAACCUGCAGAGCAUUUUCUACACAGAGAACUGGGACAAUAAUGCAGCACAAAAACUAAACUUGGAAAUUCUUUUACAAGGAGUGGAAGAAGUAAAAGUCCUAAUUUGAUAAGAUUAUAACCUUGAGACUGUGGAGAGUUUCUCAGAUAAAUAAGGUGGAAGAACAAUGGAGAAAAAAAAGGAAUGGGAAAGGAAUCUCUUAAGAACCAGACUAUUCUCAGUAUGUAACUAGGAAGCCUCUCUGAGGGAUGGGCCUCAGUCCCUGCCAUGUACCUCCCUACUUAGGCUACAAUUUCCUUCAAGGCGGCCCCCAGCUCUGGGAAGGAAUAUUGGUAGCCAGUGGCCAGUGUUCGCCGUGGAACUACCUUCUGGCCCUCCAGUAGCAUGACAGCACGCUCUUGCCCAAAGACAGCUCUCACGACAGUCCUGGGGAGAGGGAUGAAGGCUGGGCGGCCCAGGGCAGUGCCCAAGGCCUGGGCAAACUCUGCAUUGGUAGUUGUGGAGGCUGGAGCCACUCCAUUCAGGACCCCCUGCACGUGAUUUGCUUCAAGGGCAUGGGUCAGGAUUCCUGCCAGGUCCCUGAUGUGAAUCCAGGGGAAGAACUGGUGGCCUGAGCCGAUGGGGCCCCCCAAACCCAGGCGGAAGGGCAGUAGCAUGUGGCCGAUGGCACCACCUCCACGGCCUAGCACAACCCCUAGAACAGGCAAGAGAGAUGGUACAGGGAGGCCCCCUCAGCCUUGAAGCAGCCUGAAUGCUGCUCCCCAUUUCUCAUUUUCCCCUUCUUCACUCCACAUGUGGACCCAGUUCUGUAAUAAGAGUUGAGGGCUGUGGCUCUCCUUAGGACUUUCUAUUCUCCCCUCUAAAGACUGAGAAGUGAUGGCAUACUGUCUUUGUAAACUUAGCUCCUUGGAUAUCCUCCCCGCCCGCAGCCUAGAGAAGCCACUCCACCCUGUCUGGGACCCAGGUCCUUGGAUCUCACCAGAGCGCACCACCACCUGGCGUGUAGAAUCUCCAGGAAGCCUGGCUGCAGCUUCCCAUUUGGUUACGAGGUUGGAGAAAAAGUCAAAAUCCCCUCCUGGGCUGUCCUCAUCAUAUUCUGCGGUCAAGCUGGGCCGGUAGUAAGCUGUCGGAAAGCACUUGUUUGUUCUGGGUGUCUUUCCUGCCUAGUCCUAUGCAGCCAAGACUUCACUUGGCCUCCCCUAUGAGGCCCCAUGAGAAGAAAGCCAUGGAUAUUUCCCCUUGAGUUUCUCUGACCCGACUUGGUCCUGCGUGGAAGAACUCCUAACUUUGGUUGUGGGGCUACUCUCAGAGGCUGCUGGCAUAGUGGUUAAGAACAGAAACAUGGGGGCUGCCUGAGUUUUAAUUCAGCUCUGACUUUUGACAAAUUAUUUAACCUCUCUGUAUGGAAUUUUUUCAUCUUUAAAAUGGGAAUAAUAGUACCUACCUCAUAGGGUUGUUGUGAGGAUUAAGCAAUGUAAUAUGUGUAAAACAGAAUUGUGGCUGGUA